AUUUGAUGUUUUAGAUAUUCUUAAUCAAGAAUUAUAUAAUACGAAUGAAAAUACUAAUGAAUCAAGUUCUAGUAGAAUUAUAAAUUUACAUUUAGUUAGAUCUAAGGGAAGAUCACGUAAUAAAAGAUUUAAAAGUUCUAUUGAAAUGUAUAAAGAUUCUAACAAAAAUGAUAGUUCUAUUCAAGAUAAUGAUAAGCAGAGUAGUUCACAAAAUAAUAAUAGUAAAGGAUCAAAAGUAUGCAGUAAUUAUAGUGCUAGUAAUCAUAUAUAA